AAAAUGUAAUUAAUCGACGGAUAGAAUGGGCCAAACUAAGUAUAAAAGCAUUGGGCAGUGUAUGUUGGGCAUCACAGUUCCAAUUGCGAUCUGGGCCUAGCAAGUCAGUGAAUCAGUCAAAAGAAAUCAGGACAUCGAAAAUAUGGCUCAAAAGCUAACAAUCCUCUGCUGUGCCCUGCUGGGAGUAACCGCUGCCAGCUAUAUUCCCCAUGGCGGCUAUGAGCACGGCCAUGCAGUUGGAUACAGUAUUCAGACGCACCAUGAGGCGCCCAAGAAGAAGUGGGACGAUCAUCAGGAGCACCAUCAAUGGGCGCCGGCUCCACAGCACAGCCACCACUGGGAGGCAGCUCCUCAGCACAGCCAGCACCAAUGGGCAGUUCCGCAGGCGCAGCAUCAGUGGGCCGCAGCAGAACCACAGGAGCACCAGAAAUGGACAUCACACCACGCGGAGGAGCCGAAGCACCAUCCAAAGUACCAAUUCGAUUAUGGAGUCAAGGACACCAAGACCGGAGAUAUCAAGCAGCAGUGGGAGACCCGCGAUGGUGAUAAGGUCAAGGGAGGUUACACCAUGAAGGAAGCCGAUGGCCGCACCCGCGUCGUCGAGUACACGGCCGAUGCCCACAACGGAUUCCAGGCCACAGUCAAACACCUUGGCCAUGCCGACCAUUUCGAGCACAAGCAGCAGGAUCAUGGCUAUGCCCACGGACAUGGUCAUGCUACCAGCUAUGUUGAUGUCAAGCAGGACACCAGCAGCAAGUGGCAGGACAAGAGCAGCCAGUGGUGGUAA